CAGAUAUCCAGUUUAGCAUCCAGCACCAAUGCCAGUCCCACAACCUCACCUCCACGCACCCCCCACCAUACCCAGGCAUCCAGUUUACCAACUAUCCCCAGUGCUACCUCUGACCUGGCACACAUCUCAAAUGAGACCUCACCCUCAAGCAAAAUGGGCAACAUGUCCAAAGACAACAAUGCAAGCAUCAGUGAAAAACGCCCUUCAACCUCAAACAGCACUCAAGAGCCGACCAAACCUACAAUCACACAGUACACAACAAUGCCUCCAAAUACAACCCAAGGUUCAUUCAACGUAACACCAAUCCAAUUUGGUUUACGGCUCACAAUCACAGCGGAGGGAAAAUACAAUCUAUCAUUCUCUGGGACUGGCCAACCUAACCGUACAAUAACAGUCAGUAUUUUGAAGUCAGAAAAUUACACAAAGGAUAUUACUGACCUGAAGCCCUGUACUGUGUAUGACUUGAAGAUUACUCAUCAUCAUGACACACAAGUGCGCUAUCAAGGACAACUGAACACGCUUCCAAUACGUGAAAAUGAAGUUGAACGGGUCAUCUUGGACACUGAACGUCUUUGUUAUAGGAGCAAGUGGGAUAUCACAGCUGUACUGAGAGAACAAAAUUACACUCUAGCCGACAACGGAAACAACUACACCAACGUGUUUUGUACCAAGCCUAGAUACGAUGACAUCUGUUCUGAUUUGACCACAGCCUUCACUUUACCUUCACAAAACUGUACACGUGUUACUGUCAAACAAAGCGUUGUGGAAUUGUUAGAUCCAAACGACAUCAAGCUGAAACUUCCCGCGGAAGUUGGCGGAAAAAUUCUAUGGACAAAUAUACCAAUCUGUGAGGAUAGACUCAGCAUCAACUACACCUGUCAGACCUCAGACCCCGACAGAAUCCAUGAACCAUUAGGCCUACAGGAGCUGGAGUUCUUCACAAACUACGGGUGUACUGGUGAAAUCAGUUACAACAACAGCAUCAUAAAAAAUAAAACGGAUAUACAGUUCAGAACUAACUGUGAUGUUAACAUAACCUUUGGAAAAGAGUCUGCGAACAACACCUCAAUUGAGUUACCAUGGAAUAUAACCAACAGCAGUUGUUUGAAAGACCUCGCUGCCACUCAUAACCUCUCGUACUCUUGCAACUGCGACUCCACUGCAAAAAAGUCACGUUCAGUGAAGUUUUCCUACUCAGAUAACCCCAGGGAUCAAAAAUGUACGAUUGAGAAACUGGAGGUAUAUACUACACAUCGGUGUAAAGUAAAUCUGUUAUACAAGGACUGUUUGAUCUCAACUCAGGAGAAACCUGGAGACAUCAAAACAAAACCAGGAGUACCCGAUGCCGUAGAAAUCAGGAAAGUGAUUCUUCCACAGAAUAAUGUAAUCGUGAUAACUUGUAAACCUCCAAAAAAAUUUAACGGGCCAUUGAAGACGGUUAAGGCGGUCCUCACUUCAGAAGGCCGUGGAAGUGUCAAGAACUGUACCGAAGAUGUCUGCAAUUUUGAGUUCAUUGAUCUAAGCUACUCUACAAAAUACAAUUUCGAGGUGACUGCUUACAAUGGACACUAUUCCAGCAUUCCCACGAUAAAAUCCAUUGACACUUACUACAAUGACAAGGCCCUCAUUGGUUUUCUGGUCUUUGCCAUCAUAUCCACCUCCAUGGCCCUGUUUCUUGUUCUCUACAAGAUCUACAUUAUUCAGCGGAGGAAGUCCCACAACCUUGAUGAACAUAUGGAGCUAAUUUCAUCAGCAAAUGAAGAGGAGAACCUGCUGAACAUUGAGCCAAUCACAGCUGAAGUCCUGCUAGAUGCUUAUAAGAGGAAGAUUGCUGAUGAGGCAAGGCUGUUCCUGGCUGAGUUUCAGAGCAUUCCCAGAAUCUUCUCCCGCAUCUUGGUGAAAGAGGCCAAAAAGUCCUACAAUUCCUCCAAGAAUCGUUAUGUGGAUAUCCUGCCUUAUGAUCACAACCGUGUCCAGCUGACCACAGGGAAUGGCGAGCUUGGAUGUGACUAUAUCAAUGCCAGCUUCAUUGAUGGAUUCAAGGAAUCUAAGAAGUACAUUGCGGCUCAAGGACCGAAGGAAGAGACUAUUGGUGACUUCUGGAGAAUGAUCUGGGAGCAACAGUCUGCUAUUAUUGUAAUGGUAACACGCUGUGAGGAGGGCAACAGGGUCAAGUGUGCACAGUACUGGCCUUCCCCAGAGCAAGAGGUAGACAUCUUCGAGGAGUUUGUGGUGAAGCUGAAAGGAGAGGACCACUGUCCUGAUUACAUCAUCCGCCAUCUCAGCAUAACAAAUAAAAGGGACAAGAACACAGAGAGGGAGGUGACUCAUAUUCAGUUCAUCAGUUGGCCAGACCAUGGCGUACCAGAAGAGCCUCACCUCCUCCUCAAACUGAGGCGGCGUGUCAAUGCCUUCAAUAACUUUUUUAGUGGGCCCAUCGUCAUCCACUGCAGUGCUGGUGUGGGCAGGACAGGCACCUACAUUGGCAUAGACGCCAUGAUCGAGGGCCUGGAGGCAGAGGGCAGAGUGGAUAUAUACGGCUACGUAGUCAAACUUCGCAGACAGAGAUGUCUCAUGGUUCAAGUAGAGGCCCAGUACAUCCUGAUUCACCAGGCACUGAUAGAGCACAACCAGUUUGGAGAGACAGAGACCUCCCUGUCUGAGCUCCACAGUAUGCUGGGCAUGCUCAAAAUGAGAAACUCCAGCUCUGACUCCACCCUGCUGGAGGACGAGUUCCAGAGAGUCCCCAAGUAUAAAAACUGGAGGACCUUCAACGCUGGGCUCUCUGAGGAGAACAGGAAGAAGAACCGCCUUUCAAAUGUCCUCCCCUAUGACUAUAACCGAGUGUUGCUGAGGUUGGAUAGUGAAGUCAGUCAUGACGGUGACGGGGAUGACGAUGAUGACGAUGACGAUGAUGGCGAAUCGUCUGAUGAAGAGGAUGAGAGGUCCACCAAAUAUAUCAACGCCUCCCACAUUGAUGGCUACUGGCGCCCACGGAACAUCAUUGCAACCCAGGCACCGCUGCCAGACACCAUAGCUGAUUUCUGGCAGAUGGUUUUCCAGAAUAAAGCUAGGACUGUUAUCAUGCUGUCCGACAGUGGCGAGAGUGAUUUGGAGUCUGCUUACUUUGGGAAUGAGAGGAAAAACUUUGGGGAUAUCGAGGUGGCGGUGACAGCCACAGACAACUCCCCAACCUUCACCACCCGUGUCAUGCAGAUACGUCAUGCCAAGAGGAAAGAGAGUCGGCAAGUGAAGCAUUUCAGCUUCCUGAAGUGGGUGAAUACAGAACUGCCAGAGAGGGCCCAGGAUUUGGUCGACAUGAUCAAGAACAUCAAGCAGACCUGCGGCUAUGGAAAAAGCAAGUCUGAGAGGACCACGCCCAUAGUGGUCCAGUGCAGUGAUGGCUCGACCCAUUGCGGUGUAUUCUGUGCCUUGUGGAACCUGCUGGACGCCGCUGAGACUGAGAAACUCGUGGACGUUUUCCAGGUGGUCAAAUCCCUGCGUAAGGAGAGGCCAGCAAUGAUCUCCAGCCUGGAACAGUACCAGUUUUUGUAUGAUGCGCUGGAAGGAGCCUUUCCUGUUCAGAAUGGGGAUGUGAAGGCAGCAUCGGACACAGCUUCAGCAGGGGAUUCAGUCCAGAUGAUCAAUGAAACCAACGCUGCAGAGGCAGCAGCUGAAAAUCAGGCUUUGCAGUCAGCCAGCGAUAACCAGGGAGCAGACGCAAAGGAGGCGGCAGAGAGCACUCCUCUGGUAGGACACAUGGGCAACGAGGACAAACAAGAGCAGCCAGAUAAGGUGUCCAGCAGUCAGGCAGAGAAGGCACCGCCACAGGAGUCCAGAAGUGCCCAUGCUGCCACUCCGGAGAUGUGAGACAACCCCAGUGAAAAUAAAAAGAAGUGAGCAAAAGACAGAGGAAAGAAGGAAGGAAAGAAGAAGACGAGGGGGGAGCAUGGAAAGGGGAAAAGAGACUAAGACAAAUAAGUUGACAAGACAAAUAAUUAGAAACAGAAGAAGAAAGAGUGGAACUGUAUCUCUUCCCAUGUAAGUGCUUUGAUGUACAGUUCUGCAAGUUUUUAGAUUCUAAUUUUGAAGUUGUCACUUACAUGACAAAAAGUCGUAGACGGUUUGUGUGUCAGUGCCCUGUGCAUUGUUGUGCAUGAUGCACUGAAGUCCUGGCCAAGGUCAGUAAUUGAGCUCUUCAUUUAAUUACCUUCAUGAAUGUAUUAUUAAUGUAAAGCUUUCAUGCAGUGUUUGUGAGGUCAGAAUUUGUUUUAUGCUCAUAUUUGAUAUAAACUUAUAAAGAUCUGAUUUAAAUGUAAAACUUAAGUUAUAAUUAGUAGGGUUUAUUAGUGAAUAGUUUAGUAUCAGAAAUUAAGGGUUAUCUGUGAACAAGCCUCACUUUGUACUACAUUGCUGUUCUCAAACUAGAUGUUAUUGGAUUUUAAUUCCUUAGAGUCAGUUGAAAUUCAGAUGGUUUGUUGUUACAUAUCCUGCUCUAUUACUUAAUGUGGUUAUUCUUGAGUUGGUUAACGAAAUGUUAACAGUACUUUACAUAAAAACAGCUGAUGUGUUGUUUUGCUAAAUAAAUGAAUGCUCUAAGCUAAAUUAAGUUUUACUUGCAUUAUGUACAGCAGUCAUUAAAUUAACGACUUA